GCGAUCAACGUUUAGUUGAUGUCUUCUUGGCACCAUUGACGGUUAAGAACCGAAAAGAAUUACGGGGUUGGAGAAAAAGCAUUUGAUUUGAACGGAAACGGAUAUACAAAAUUUUAAUUUUAAAAACGAUACACGCACACACACACAUUCCCAUACACACAAAGUAAGAAGCCUAGUAAAAUUUUCAAAUCUAUGGUAGCCUAUUCAUAAGUAAAACAAAAUGACGACCUACAUGAGGGAAAUAAACGAGCGCUAUAUGAGUCUCUCCAAAGGAGUUGACGAAACCAUUGACAGCUGGUUCCUAAUGAAUUCUCCAGGCCCCGUAUUCAGCAUAGUAGCACUUUAUUUGAUGAUUGUUUUGAAGAUCGGUCCUACCUUUAUGAAAAACCGUCAACCCUAUCAACUAAAGAAAAUCAUGGUUGCCUAUAAUGCCUUCCAGGUGUGCUACUCAAUAUGGAUGUGUCGUACGUCUUGGCGUGAAAGUCGUAUCACUGAUACGCUGAUGUCCAAGAAGUGCGAAAUUCAUCGAACUCGCGAACAGAGUUUGGCCUUAUACUCGGGUGCAUGGUUCUACUUUUUCUCAAAGAUCAUUGAUCUGUUGGACACCUGCUUCUUUGUGUUGCGUAAAAAGCAAAAUCAAGUCACUUUCUUGCAUGUAUAUCAUCACACCAUUACAGCAUUGUUCUCAUGGAUGUACUUGAAAUAUGCUCCAGGCGAGCAAGGCGUUGUCAUUGGCAUCCUCAACUCUGGAGUCCACAUCAUCAUGUAUUUCUAUUAUAUGGUCGCCGCCAUGGGCCCCCAAUAUCAGAAAUACUUGUGGUGGAAGAAGUACAUGACCAGCAUCCAGUUGAUACAAUUCGUUCUGAUUAUGGCCUACAUGGUUACCAUUGCCCUCAAAGGCUGCAACAUGCCCAAGACGUUAACAUUCUUCUUCAUUGCCAACACCAUGAUCUUCCUCUAUCUGUUUGGUAAUUUCUACAAAAGGACCUACAAGACGAAGAAUGGUGGAGCCACCAAGGCUGCCAUUCAAGCAGCCAAUGGCUUGGGCUGCAUACCCUCCAAGGCCUUCCUGUCGCAGGGCGACCAAAUGAAACGAUUAAUCGAUAACAACAAUAACACUAUUAAAUCGACCAAAGCUGAAUAGAACCAAUGGUGAACAGGGGGGUAUUUUUAUUAUAAUUUUUUUCGUACAAGUGUACUACUAAGUUAAUUUAGUCGUAAGCCAUCGUCGUAAAGUUAGUUCUUCCUUCAUCAUGCUGUUUAAUUUUUAGUUGUACUCCUAAGUAGGUUUGAUUUGUAAAUGUUUUCUAUUGUUUAUUUCGAGCCGAUUUCGUUUCUUCUCCCGCCUUGUUUUGAUUUACUCACUUUGGUCCAACUCGCCGUAGCUGCUCCAUCUGAGAGGCUUUUUGUGUUGGACUAUGCCGUCAUUUCAAUUUGUGUGUGUGAAUGUGAUAUAGUAUGUCUGAUUCAUUUUAGUUUGUAAAUAUGUUUGUGUGAAUGUCUGUCUGUAUCAAAGGAUGUCACCAAUACACACGUACGUCGAUGUUUUAUGUGCGUGUGAUUGUCCUGGGCCCCAUUUAGAAUCCCAAAGGAGAAACGAAAGCGAUUUUCGUCAUUAUAAAUGCAAACACAAACAUAUGCACAUGCAAUGUAUGUAUGUAUCAACUUCUGUUGGUACACAUGUAUGUGUGUUAAUGCAUGUUUUUCCAUAUGCAAAUAAAAGGAUUCAAAAAGAUAA